UCUAGUUACAUUCAACGGUAGCGCCUUACGUCAUAAUCCACGUGACCCCGUGUCUAGAUCCUCGAUUCGCGACGACGACCAGUUCUACUCGCGUCCAGAGGCCCCUCAUGCCGCCGGAACGCCCCAAUGUCCCGGUGAAGCUGUCCCUGCCGUUGCAAUACCAGCAGGACAUCUUUACCGAACUGCGCUCGGAGGAUGAGUUGGUCAUCCUCGCUCGUGGCCUCGGGCUUUUGCGCCUGAUUACGAACCUACUUCAUUUUUACGAUGCCGCCGGAAACAAUCUGGUUCUGGUGGUGGGAGCAGAUGAUAGAGAGAACGAAUGGAUUGGGGAAGCCUUGGCGGAACACUAUGCCAUUAGCAAGACUCCCCUCGCUAGGGGUCUCAAGGUGAUCAAUACCGAAAGAGCUUCUGUCACUAUGCGAGAGAAGAUUUAUGCCGGGGGCGGUAUUCUGAGUGUGACAUCCAGAAUACUGGUUGUAGAUCUCUUAUCGAACCUCCUCGAUCCCGAGAAAAUUACUGGAAUGAUUGUGCUUCAUGCCGACAAGAUCGUGGCAACUUCCACCGAGGCCUUUAUCAUCCGGAUUUUCCGACAGCUCAACAAGCAAGGGUUUCUCAAGGCCUUCUCGGACUCUCCCGAACCGUUCACAACAGGGUUCGCGCCGUUGGCAAACUCCAUGCGCAAUCUGUUCCUUCGCAAAGCCUCCCUAUGGCCCCGCUUCCACGUUACAGUGGCAGAGUCCCUCGAAGGACACAGGAAGGCCGAAGUGAUUGAACUUGAAGUUCCGAUGAGCGACAAGAUGCGCGAAAUUCAAAAUGCAGUCCUCGAGUGUGUGGAAAUCUGCAUUGGGGAGUUGAAGAAGGCGAACUCGGGUCUCGACAUGGCCGAUUGGACCCUCGACAGCGCUCUGCACAGGAGCUUUGAUGUUUCGAUCAGGCGACAGCUCGAUCCUAUCUGGCAUCGUGUGAGCUUCAGGACUAGGCAAAUUGUCAGCGAUUUGUCGGAUCUUCGAGCAAUCCUACACGCCUUGCUUACCUACGAUGCUGUUUCUUUCAUGAAAUACCUUGACACCAUUGUCACGGCACACUCUCCCCCGCCCGGUUCAUCACGGCACAACUAUUCGCCAUGGCUAUUCCUCGAUGCAGCCCACGUCUUGUUUCAGACGGCGAAGUCCCGAGUGUAUCAAGGCAAAAUAAGCAACGACACUCCCUCAACCUUGCAGCCUGUCCUGGAGGCGCAACCCAAAUGGGAUGUUCUGGCAGAGGUGCUAGAAGAGAUUGACACCGAUGCAUACCUCAACCCAGUCAACGUCGAUGAAUCAAAUAGUACUGUGCUAAUUAUGUGUUCCGAUCAACGAACAUGUCGACAGAUUCGCGAAUACCUCGGAACCAUGCAUGCUGGCGUGGACGCCGCGAAAGCCGAGGACGACGAGGAUGCCGAAGAAGGGAAUAAGGACAGGAAAGGAUUCGGAAAUGUCAUCAUGCGCAGAAGACUACGGGAGUACCUGAAUUGGAAGAACUCUCUGUCAAAUGUCAACAAAAACUUGUCGGCUCGACCUGACAAUGACGAAUCACAAGCCGGCAAGGCCUCCGAUUCACCGGCGCCCUCCAAUCAGCAACAAGGCAGAGCACCUCCCAACAAGCGACGUCGUGUACGCGGUGGAGGUGCAGUCUCGUCAGCAGCCGCACGAGUGCCGAAUAGCAGUGUGCAGACCGACGUUGAGCCGUCAGGUCAAGUGUCGGAACUACUGGACGAAAUCCAGCCUACAGAGGUCGAGGAGGCUCAAAAGGAGGAGAUUGUGAUUGACGACCUCGAAGACAUGGAAGACUUUUAUGAACUAUACGACAUGGACAACCUGACCGUGGUGCAUCCAUACGAUGGCGACAUGGACGAGCAUAUACUCGAAGAGAUCCGGCCCCGUUACAUUAUCAUGUAUGAGCCCGACUCCGCCUUCAUCCGGCGAGUAGAAGUAUACCGCAGCUCCCAUGUGGGACGAAACGUGCGAGUAUACUUCAUGUACUACGGCGGCUCCGUCGAAGAACAACGAUACCUGAGUGCUGUCCGACGCGAGAAAGACUCCUUCACAAAACUGAUCAAAGAGAAAAGCAACAUGGCCGUCACCAUCACCCACGACAAGAGCCUCGAAGACCCCCAGGAGCAAUUCCUUCGAACCGUCAACACCCGCAUCGCCGGAGGCGGCCGCCUCGCCGCCACAGCCACGCCUCCACGCGUGGUCGUCGACGUGCGCGAAUUCCGCAGCGCCCUCCCCUCCCUCCUCCACGGCAACAACAUGAUCAUCGUGCCCUGCCAACUCACCGUCGGCGACUACAUCCUGACGCCCGAUAUCUGCGUCGAGCGCAAAUCCAUCCGCGACCUGAUCACCUCCCUCAAGAACGGCCGUCUCUACAACCAAGCCGAGACCAUGCUCCAGCACUACAAGAACCCGCUCCUGCUCAUCGAAUUCGACCAAAACAAAUCCUUCACCUUCGACGCCUUCGCCUCCGCCUCCAACCCCGGCACCUCCUUCCUCACAGACUUCGGCUUCUCCUCAUCCGGCACCGCAACCACCUCCCUCUCAGCCAGCAGCUCGCUCGUGAACCCCUCGGGCCCCAAAUCCGCCCAACACCUCCUCGUCCUCCUGACGCUGGCGUUCCCCCGACUGAAAAUCAUCUGGUCCUCGUCGCCCUACCAAACCGCCGAGAUCUUCGCCGAGCUGAAGAAAAACAACCCGGAGCCGGAUCCGCUCCGCGCCGUCCAGAUCGGUCUGGACAUGGAGGUUGGGGCCGCGCCUGAAGGCUCCGGUGACAUCAUGGCGGCGGCGGGUAUCGAGCAUCGUACGUUUAAUCUGCUGCCGCAGGACAUGCUGCGUGCUGUGCCGGGCGUGUCGCCGGCGGUGCUGGAGCGGUUGAUUCUGGAGACGGGGAAUAUUACCGAGAUUGCGAAUAUGGAGGUUGAGCAGCUGGAUCCGUUGGUGGGGAUUGAGGCGGCGAGGAAGAUUGUGGGAUUCUUUCGGAAGAGUGUGUUUGAUGAGAAAUGACAACAUGCUCCCGUAUAGAUACAAAUACUUCUUACUUGCCACUAAUAGAAUGAUGACUACGACGUAGGACUAGUGAG